AUGGCCGUCGUCGUCCUCGCCGCCGUCAUCGUCCCCGCCGCCGUCGUCGUCAUCGUCCUCGCCGCCGUCGUCGUCAUCGUCCUCGCCGCCGCUGCCGCUGCCGCCGCCGUCCUCCUCAUCACCAGCAUCAUCGUUGUCCUCGUCGCCCUUUUGAUGCUCCUCGUCAUCGCCGUCGUCAUCGACGUCCAUCUUGCCGUCAUCGUCGCUGGACGCCGACUAUCGAAGGGGCCAAAAGUCACGUGCUCGUCAGCGGGGGCACGGGGGACCGUGAUGAUUUCGCCUCGAUAA